GGGGGUAACUUCCCAAAUUUUAGGGUAGGGGUGUCCCGCCGAGACUUCCGAAAUGUUACGCAUUUUUAAACCGGAACUCUGAUAAAGUAGACCCAUUUUGAUACAAGAUUUUUGAAAAAGCAGACCCAUUUGUAUACGAUACCAUUGAGAAAGUGGACCCAUUUCAAUACAAGAAUUUUGAAUGUAACGAUUUCGUCACUUAUUAUACGACGUAUGCUUAUAUAUGACGUCACAGUAUCAUCUUGGUCGAUCAAGCAACAGAUAAAAACAGUCAAGUUACUGCCCGGAGUUACUGCACCUUUCUCGCUACUGAAAUCUACUUUUUUGAUACCCAUUUAUAUACAAGAAUGACAAUUAUCGUACCCAUUUAGAUACUGAUACUUUCAAAUCUAUAUGCAUUUAUAUACAAGCAAAUUUCUGAUUUUAAUACCCAUAUCGAUACUAAGAUGCUCAAAACCAUACCCAUAUCGAUAAUUUUAGUCGAAAAACACACCCCAUAAAAUCGGCACACCCCUAAACACCUGUUUAUAGGAAGUUACCCCACCCGGGGCCUAACGUGAAUUAAAUCGGAAAGCAAAUAUUGCAGAUUUUUUAUGAAUUGUGCGAUAUUUGUAUGGCUUGUUGUACAUUCUUAAAUGUCAAAAGUAUAAUUAUGCAUGGAUUAUAAACAAUGCACGUUACACAAAAUAAGAAAAUGUGAUAAAUUGACAAUUCAAAUAUGUCGAUAUACAGUACAUGUACAUGUGAGAUAAAUCGCGUUUAUAAUAAAUCGUCAAAAAAAAAUGGGGGGAAAAUGACGCAAUAUGUAUGUCAUUUUAUGACGCCAUCAACCGGCUGAUUCAUUGUGCGGAUGGCGAAAAGUUGUGUCAUAUGACUAGAUUUAAAGGUUGAGGGUCGUGUAGUUUUGAAGCUUAAGUUUUCUCGACUUUAUUUCUUAUGAAAAAUCAUUCAGUUGUUGAAUAAAAGGUGGUCCGUGCACGCGACAGGUGUAUCCCGCGGGUUGGGAUAAAGGCUUGUAUAUUCCAUAGGGUGUUAUGCCGUCCGUCAAUGUCGCGUUGAAAAUGGGAUAAAAUGUAUUUAUUAUCGGUAGGGUGAUACAUGUCCAAUGGAGCGGAAAUCAAGAUUUCCACGUGCACCAAUUUGUAGGGUAGAGCGUAGACGUAAUUCAAAUCGUUUUAUUUAUUUAUUCUCUGUUUGUUUAAAGGUUAAUAUUAUGUUUUGCGUGUUUCAGUAUAAUGGGAAAUACUUGCGUACUAGUAUGCAUCAGUGCGUAAAAAACUGAUCAAUGCCGUUAUGGUUUAUUCGUUUGCAUUCAGUUUGACCAACUGAUCUUCGUCGUUAUAAUGCUAUUUUAGUCUGGUUGUUUAGGUCCACAAAGUAUGGGUGGAAAUCUGACGCAUGAAAGUUGUACAUUCGUUAGAGGAUAUUAUCAUGCGCCAACAAUCGGUGGAUGCUAAUUUUUGUUCUCGCUACGUACUCAAUCGUCAAAACUAUUAGAUAGUGUGACGUUAAUAAAAUAAAAACGAACGGAACAUUACGUAUUUUCUUCAGUAUGGUUCCAGUAUGGGUGUAUUUAUAUAUAUCGUUGAAAAACUGGGUUCAUUUCUAGCCAUAUUAAUGCAUGUCGGCAUUACACUUGGAGUCUGAUUUAUUAAAGUUAAUAUACUCAAUACGAUUUGUAAAGCAAAAUUGCUUAUUAUACCUUGGAAAAAACGCAUUUCCCGGGUCCCUAUUGCAACGAAGACUAAAUCAACAAACAGCAAAUAUAAUCGAAGCCUUAAUUCAAAAAUCCCAGCAAUCAAUUGUAUCUGCAUGUAUAUUAAUUGAUGUGCGUUGGUGCGUAUCUUGCAGCACUUGUAAUAUAAUCCAUGUAACAAAACUAAUAAUACUAAUAAAUACAUAUAAUAAUGAUAAUUAUAACAAAAUAUAACACAUCAAUAACAUAAUAAUGUAUAUAUACUGUUACAAUAAACUGCGGUAAUACAAAUUCAUAUACAUUCGUUUGUGGUGCCCUAAAUGAACGUCUUCGUGAAUUUUUGAACUUGCUUAAAUGAUAGCCGACGGGCUUGUGUUUAAAAGACACGCACACAACUUUGAUUCUAAGUAAAUAAUAGAAUGGGGCUUAGUCCUGUGAGAUCAAACAAUUUGGUUAUAUUGGAAUAGGUUCGGUAUAUGUUUGGUUGAUGGUACGCUAAAAGCGCCUCUGUUAUUUCAAAAUUAUUGUGAUUAAACGAUUGCCAAUAGGCUUAUGAUGAUCAACGUUGGCUAUAAAUAAACAAAAAUCAGGUUGUUGGUAAAUAAGCAGUUCCAGUGCCUCUAUUAAAACUGGGACUUGAUCCCAAAAAGAAAAACAACGUGGUUUAUACAUACAAUGGUAUAUGGUUGGUUGGUGGUGCACUAAAUUGUGCUUAUGUAUUUCAAAAAUUAUGGUGUUGAAACGAUCGCCCAAAUUGGCUUAUGGUGAAAAGCUCGGUGAUCAUUUUUGGCUAUAAGUAAAUAUUAAAUAAAUAUCAAGUUCUUGGUAGAUAACGCCGUUCCCGGGUCUCUACCGAAACCUGGACGUAAUCCCGGCAGAACUAUGUGGUGGUAAUAUAUAAUGGUACAUGGUUGGUUGGUGGUGCACUAAAAUGUGCUUAUGUAUUUUCAAAAUUAUGGUGUUGAAACGAUCGCCAAAUUGGCCUAUGGUGAAAAGUCCGGUGAUCUCUUUUGGCUAUAAGUAAAUAUUAAAUAAAAUAUCAAUAUAAAGAAGUUCUUGGUAGAUAACGCCGUUUCCCGGGUCUCCACUUUAACCGGGACUUAAUCCCGGAAGAACUUUGUGGUGGUUAUAUAUAAUGGUACAUGGUUGGUAAAUGAAGCGAUAAAUGAGCUUCUAUAUUUCCGAAAUUACGGAGAAUACAGUUUUGCCAAUUGGCUUAUGGUUAAAUACCCAUUGAUCAUCUUUGUCUGUAAAUAAAUAAAUAUCUUGUUCUUGAUAGAUACGCAGUUCCAGUUUUCAAGUUGUGGUAAAACAAUCGCCAUUUGGCUUAUGGUGAAAAGCCUUGUGAUGAAUUUAAUGUAUUAAACAAAUCAAUAGAUUAUUCAUAGAUCUCUACUGAACUGGGACUUGCUCCCGGAAGAAUAAAGGUCGUUAUUUAAUGCUAUAUAGUUGGCUAGCAGUGCCGUAUUGUUUUCAUAUACUUGUUUAUCAAAUAUUAAAUAAAAGUGGUGUAUAGUAACCAAGAGGUCUACGUUGGAAAGCCCGACUUAAAAUGUUUGUUUUUAUCGAUUGAUGUACAAGUUACUUGAAAAAACACGUACAUACAACCGUAACAUAUACUAGUAUAUGACUUACUGUUCUGCUGUGUUUCAUAACUUAAGUUCGCCGUGGUAUUUACUUGAAACAUUUAAAAACUGUAUUACGUGUCAUUUUGUUGUAAGAUUUAAAACUCAACGGCCGAGUUUCUGGUGGUCUGAACCUGUAUAUUAAUCGGGUAUUAAAAUGUCACGUAAGGAACGUAUGAAUAAUCGGAUAAUCGAUGCUAUGGGAUGCCUAUCAUAGGGCAGUAGACGUGGCAGACGGUUCUGAUCUAGGCUUGCAAUAUUUAGGGAUCAACAUCACGUGGGGUUUUUAAAGACGGAAUGCGCCUGGAACACAAAGAAUAAUCCUAUAAUUCGCAAUUGCCCUUUAAUCAACAUAUCAACAUGCUGUACUUUUGACCUUCACGUAUGGCGGUAACGAAAUCGAACCCCGAUCAGUGUUACACAUUUUCCAUGAUUAUCGAUACAUGGUUGGCUACCUACAAUAGCUUAUCUGACGCGAUUCAAGUUUACUCCGUAAUCUUUCCGCGCAUAAACUGGCGCUAUGCUGAUAGCAAACAUAAAUAAAUAAAUAAGAAAGCAAAUAUAGAAUUCCUGAAUAGCGUUACUAUUCCUAUAUGCGGGAGGUUGCUAUAUCAAAUACCCUGACAUUGUUGAAUCGCUUGUCUUUUUCAAAUCUGAUGACACGCACAAGUUUUAGUUAGGAUCGUUAUCAUGUUGAACACUGACCGGAGCAAUCUAGCCUUUUAUUAAGCAAAGUUUCGUAUUUCCAGACCCGAUUUUAAUUCAUCGUUAUUGCUUGCUGGCGUGUGCUCGUUGCCGCUGUGUGGCGGAAGGCCCACUUCCUGCGGCCGUGGUCCUUUUUGGCAUAGUUUCCACGAACACACUUCCCGCUUGUCACGGGGGAUGGACAUUAUGUACUUAAAUUUAUUUCCCGCCGUUCUCGGGGGAACCUGUAUAAUACAAAUGAUCCCAGCCUUGACAUUAUUAUGCCAAACCUUUAAGAUAAUAAAUUGCAUAGUUAAACUGUUAUGCGUUUGUCGUUGAAUAAUAAUGUUUAUUAGCUCAAGAAUAAACUGUCUUAUUCAACGCAAACGCUAUUUUCCUAAGGGAUCGCCGAAACCCGAACCCCAAUUUUAUAACACAUCCUACCCAGUCUACUCUUACACAUAGACUCGUCCACUAAGUAUAAAAACACUGCCCGUGCACAUUGCCGUUCUUUUACUAGCUCCUCGCAGGGUAGGUCGCGCUAUGGUUUACAAGUUUACAUUUACCACCCACCCUCCCACUUAAUUUUUUAUUGUAACACGAUGCUUGCCAGAUUUUUGUUAUAUUUAAGUAUUGUCGAGAAUUACGAGCUCCAUUAGAAACCCACAUCGUCAUGGCUGGGACUUAUAACAGCGUACGGCACACCGUCAGUCUGUCCAAUGGUCUACUUAGUUCGUCCCCCGACGACAGGUUCCUGCUAAAUGUUCGAGUUUUGGCAAUGGAUGAAUCUAUGAAGCCAAUCAAGGACAAGCAGUUGAUCAUUGACCUGAUAAGUCCGACAAAUAUGACUGUAGGCAGGGUUAACAUUGAACCUGGGAGCAGUAGAAAUGGUUUCUACAGGGGACAGUUUCAGCUUCCGCCGUUUCCGGAUUUUGGAACAUGGAUAAUCAAAGCUAAGCUUGGAGGAAAGUUGGAGACGUAUGCAAUUUCUCCUAUUGAAGUACGCGACUUUGUUCUUCCUAACUUCGGUGUAGAGAUUUCAACUGGACAGGAGUACAUAUUUCCGGACAUGACUAAUAUGGGUGUUACAGUAUCAGCAAAAUAUGUCUACGGCAUGGCAGUUGAAGGGAAUGCAGGACUCGAGAUUAACGUCCGAAAGAAGGGUUACGUGUCAGACCCGAAGCGUGUAUUUACCAUUGGGAGACAGCAGCUUAACAACGGCAAGACAUUCUUUGUGGUCAAUAUAAAGAAGAUCGUUCAAGAGUUAGGAGGACAGUUUCCAGUGGAGAGCGUCUUACAGUUGUCAUCAACUGUUUAUGAGUCGGCAACCGGAAAGGAAGAGUCGGGAGACGAUGAUUCAGUAAUGUUUGUCAACUGUCCUUUCAAGUUUGACUUAUCGCGUUCGAAGACUACAUACCGGAAAGGCUUCACAUAUUACAUGCAGAUUUACAUGCUACAUGCUAACGGUAAACCGGCCAUUCGGGAGAGGUUUAGUCUAACAGUCGACGGAAGCAGUCCAGAACAACAUCGGACGAACAAAGAUGGUUAUUACCUGGCUCAUAUCCCAGUUGCAAACCAGAAUUUGGAGAGCAGGAAAAUAAAGGUAUAUGCUCCAGCGUUUGAAAACUGUGCAACAGAGAUGGUCCUUCAGCCAUAUACGGGUGGCAGUCAGAUUUUAGUGGAGAAAGUAGAAAGAGAAGGCGCCUCGUUCAUUAAAGUCAACACCAACAUCAACAUAAACCAAGUGGCCCAAUAUUCAGGCAUACUAAUGCUGAUAACAGCUCGCGGUAAGAUUGUGGAAACACAGUACUUUCCACCUUCCAAGGAUCUCACUUUCAAGUUGGAACAGGAUGUUUUAGACAAGGUGUCGCCCGCCGGCCGAGUGUUUGCUUUUUAUGUACACAACGCACAACUGGUAGCAGACUCGUCUUUUUUUCAUGUUGAUGCAAAAUGCCGAGUACAGCUAGAACUCCAUCCGGAGAAACUCGAGGUGAGGCCAGGUGAUUCGUCCAAACUUACUGUCACCGGGCCAUCCGGAAUGUGGGUGGGAUUCAACGUCAUCGACAAAGCGUUGCUGCUCUUAAACAGCCAAAACGUUCUUAGGGAAAAUAAGUUAUUCAGGGAAAUGGAAGUUCACGACCUCGGCUGUGGUGCUGUGGGUGGCACGAACAGCGAAGAAAUAUUCAAGAACGCGGGUCUGGCGAUUCUAACAAACGCAAAUGUGAACGAAGCACGUAUACAAAGAGAGACUACUGAGUGUGCCGCGAAGAAACGUAAACGUCGCACUGUCCCUUACGAGAACGUGUGUUGUGAAGAGGGCCGCAAGUAUGCUUCGGAUGUUAUGUCUGACAAAGAAAUGGAAAAGAUACAGUUCAAACGGGAAGUUUCUGAACCCGUUCCAGACACUGUGUGUUAUUCAAAGGCACGGAAAUUGGCCGAAACCUAUCAAACCAAUGAACCAUCUAAAUGUCCAAUGGCUUGUUUCGAAGCUUGCGUUGCUAAAAUGAAGGCUGAGCAAAGUGGUAUGUAUUGUGGAUCAGAUGUUGCCAGUGGCGGAUCGGUCUUGAGUGACCAAGAUCAAUAUGAACAGGACGUCGGCAUCUUAGCAGGAUUUGGCUUGUCGUUUAAAGUUCGUAAAAUCUUCCAAACAUCGUACUUUUUUGAAGAACACAUGAUAAGUGAUAAUGGACUUACCCUCGACCUUAAACAUAGAAAUUCUAUAACAGAAUGGUCAAUUCAAGCCAUAGGUAUAUCAGAAAACACCGGAGCCUGCAUCGCAGUUCCAAAAGAAGUGAAAACCUUAAAAGAGUUAUUUGUUCAAGUUGAUCUACCAUACAAAGUAACACGAAAGGAAAUGUUCAACGUGAAAGUGACAGUGUCUAAUUAUAUUGAACAAGAACAAAUUGCGCGUGUCUACCUGAAAGGCGUACGCGGUUUGUGCUAUGGCGUCUCUCCCGGCGAACAAUCACCACAGCAGCUAAUCACCUUGCCUCCAAACGGCGCAAGGACUCUGACGUUUCCAAUGAUACCCCUGGAAGCAGGAACCUUUCCAAUCGUUGUGUCGGUAUUUGUGACGAACGAUAACACACCGAGCGCAGAUAUAGUGGAAAAACAUCUGAUUGUUGUGAAUGAGGGUAUUAAUGAAAAACUGAACUUAACUGUAUGCCUUGAUCCGAAUAACCAAAUGGAAAACUGCAUCCAUGGUCCAGAAGUCAAAUACAAAGUAUACCGACAUUUGGAUGACUCGCCGACUGUGAGCAUGGAAGUAGAGCUACCAUUGCCACUAUCGUCUUUGCCUGGAACUGCUGUUGCUAAUGCAUACAUUAAAAGUAAUCUGAUGGAUGAUCCGGUUUCUUGUGUACUGGAAGGAGUGGACAAAAUGUUCAACGAACCUCAAGGCGAUGGUGAACAAAACAUGAUGUAUACAGCAACUAUUGUCUACGGAAUGUAUUUCCUGAAGCACACAGGGACAAUGAACGCUCAACAUGAGGAUUAUGGCAUUAGAUACAUGAGAAAUGGGAUAACACGACAACAAUCAAUGUAUCAGAAGGAUGACGGGUCGUAUGCUAUAUGGAAAACAUAUCCAACAAGUUUAUGGUUAACGGCAUUUGUUGCCAAAGUAUUCUGCCAAGCAGAGCACCUUGAAAGAGGAAUGUCUGAUCCAAAUAGCCUGCAGAAAACGUUAGCAUACAUUUCUAAAAACAAUUUGGAAGGUUCUGGCGAUUUCCGCGACGAUUCUCCGGUGGUACAAAAGGAAAUGCAGGGUGUGUUCGGUCAAGGCGAAACAAGAUCAGGUCCCUCGUUGACAUCUUUUGUUCUUACCUCCUUGCAAGAAUGCCCACAACGAACUGUGGAGGUAUACAAUUCCAUAAACCGAGCGGUGGCGGCACUUGAGAGAUUGCCAAUUAACGUAAGGAAGAACAAUCCAUAUCUUCUUGCAAUAUCAACAUACUCUUUAGCAUGUUUUCAUGUCAGUGACAAGACACACGAAUUUAGAAAGGAUCUCUACGAAAUCAGACGAAACGAUGAAGGUCGCAUGUAUUGGUCAAAUAGCGGUGUUGCGGACUCAUAUGCAAUAGAGACGACGGCAUACGCCCUCCUUGCUUUUCUGAAAUUUGAUGACUUUAAAACAAGCCACAAGAUAGUCGCAUGGUUGAUUACACAGAGCGAUGCGAUUGGAAAAUGGCGUUCAACGCAAGCCACAGUGGUUGCCAUGCAAGCCCUAGCCACAUACAGUGCGCGCACGUACAAUACAGAGGUCGACCUGAAAGUUGUUAUUGAAAAGGGAUAUUGGAAAACGGCAACAUAUGUUUACAGUGAAAACUCCCUACUGCAGAUACUUAUUCCGGACCUGCCCGUACAGAUCGGUCACAGAAAGUUCGAUGUCACAGCUAGUGGAAGAGGGUCGGGUAUAUUACAGAUUGACAUGUUUUACAACAGAAAAGCUCGAGAUGACGAAAUUUGCCCUUUCGAAAUCAGUGUAAUUGAUGUGCAACCCGUAGAUAGCGAUAUUGCUAAUAAUCCAAACAAGGAUCUCCUCAAAAGCAGAAAAUGCAAUGUGUGUGGAUAUUGCCAAGAACCUGAAGUCUCGGACUUUGAUCUAGAUAUUGACCGAAAUAAACGACAGGCAACGCAUAUAGCUCAACCCGCGCAGACAUGUAUUCAGUUUUCAGUAAAAUCGAAGCCGUCCACUCGUAACUCUAAUGACGCUGGUUUGUCGAUCGUUGAGGUCAACUUAGAGACAGGCGUUCGUGUUGUGGAAUCGGACUUGUUUAAGAUGCAGAACGAAGGUGUGUUUCCCCGCUACGAGAUUCCGAAGGAUGGAAAAGGAUUCGUUAUCUUUUAUCUGGACAGUAUAACGUCUGCUAAGACAAAACUUAUAUUCAGACUGGAAGACCAGUUUUCAGGCGACGAUUCAAGCCGCCAACCGGCAAUUGUUAAAGUUUACGACUACUACACGCCAGGACGAUCUUGUAUAAAGCAGUACGGUAUUGGCUCAAAUCCUAAACCGGGAAUAAAAUAUAUGUGUGAGGACGGGAGCGACCAGUGUCAAUGCAUGCAGAGUCAGUGUAUGAAGCAAGUGAAUCAGGAGCUCUUCGAAAUUGCAAAUACAAUUGCGUUAGAAAAAGAUGCUGUGAAAAGACGAAAACUUCGCAGCCCAGUCGGAAGCUCUGAUGGACUAUGCAUGCAACUUUGAAAAAGCUAACUUUGUUGUUAGAGUCAACGUGAAAGAGGUUGGUUUUAAUAGUGAAAGGGACGUAAAGUUUGCACAGGCUCUAAUCGAGGAAACAGCAUUGCAAGGCAGUCAACUCAUGAGAGAGGGAGACGAUAUGGAAUUCGAAUGGCCCUCGACAUGCACACAGCCGGAACUGACAGUGGGUAAAACCUACUACAUUAUAGCGAAGGACGGGACUUCUUUUACUGAAUACUAUGGAAUGACGAGAGUGAGGUAUCAACUGACGGGCACGGCACUCGUAAUCGACCCUGAGUUCAGACCACUUCUUCGUAGCAUCAUGAACAAUUUCGUAAAAGAUCUGGAGAAGAACAGGGGGUGCAAUAACUGAGCGUCGUAACAGUCAUCACUGAUUUGGCUACAUUUAUUCACAAUCAAUCGUUAUAUUGUAAUAAGAGUAUUCAUCGUACAUAUAAUCAAGCUGUAUAAUAAUCGGAUUUUAGUUUUUUUUUCUGUUUAUGUAUAUAUAUAUUAACCCGAGAUAUAGGUCUUCCCCAUGACCAAACACUUAAGCCAAUGAAUAAUGAAUACAAUUGAAGCAAACAUAUUUAAGGCACGUCUUAAUAUUAAAACUCACUGGGUAUUGUAUUUGACAUGGCUUUUCACCAUCUGCUAUUUGGUACAAAAAAAAUAAUGUAAUAAAAUUAUUCGCAAAUUAAGCGUAGGUGUGUGCUUUUGAGACGUAUGAUGAUGGCUAAAUUAAAGUUAAUAAAAUUGACAUGAGUUGGUGACCACAAACAUACGUGUGAACAUCCAUUGAUUGGUUUUAACGAGUAUUUAAGAUCAACUAUUUAAAGACAUGUAAGGACUUACUUUACUUUAUUAUUGUAUUAUUAUUGUUACUUUUCUUUCAUACAUUUAUUAAGUAUGAUUGAACUAUGUAAGAUGUAUUAUAAGUGUUUGUACAUAUAAAUACUAUAUAAUUUUGACGUAGCAGCAUAUGUUUACCUGCAAUAUUAGACCUGAAUAAAAGAACUAAAUGCGCAAAUAUUUCAGAGCGAACUAUUCAUAA